GGACGAGGGGCUGGGCCUGGGCCACACGGCGAGGCAACCGCCACGCCGGGGGCCUUGGAGAAGGGGGUGUCGGGAGAGGUGGAAGUCCCUGACUUCUCCACCCAGGUGAACUCCUCGUCCCUCAACUCGCCGACGGGCCGAGGCUCCAUGGCCGCCCCCUCGCUACACCCCUCCCUGGGCCCGGGCAUCGGUUCCUCUCUCGGCUCCCCGGGACAGCUGCACUCGCCCAUCAGCACCCUGAGCUCCCCCAUCAACGGCAUGGGCCCGCCCUUCUCCGUCAUCAGCUCCCCCAUGGGCCCCCACUCCAUGUCAGUGCCCACCACGCCUGCCCUGGGCUUCGGCACGGGCAGCCCCCAGCUCAGCUCAUCCAUGAACCCCGUCAGCAGCAGCGAGGACAUCAAGCCCCCCCUGGGCCUCAAUGGUGUCCUCAAAGUCCCGGCCCACCCCUCAGGGAACAUGGCGUCCUUCACCAAGCACAUCUGUGCCAUCUGUGGGGACCGCUCCUCAGGCAAGCACUACGGGGUCUACAGCUGCGAGGGCUGCAAGGGCUUCUUCAAGCGGACGGUGCGCAAGGACCUGACCUACACAUGCCGCGACAACAAGGACUGCCUGAUCGACAAGCGGCAGCGGAACCGCUGUCAGUACUGCCGCUACCAGAAGUGCCUGGCCAUGGGCAUGAAGCGGGAAGCCGUACAGGAGGAGAGGCAGCGGGGCAAGGACAGGAACGAGAACGAGGUGGAGUCCACGAGCAGCGCCAACGAGGACAUGCCGGUGGAGAAGAUUCUGGAGGCGGAGCUGGCUGUCGAGCCCAGGACCGAGACGUACGUGGACGCGAACAUGGGGCUGAACCCCAACUCGCCCAACGACCCCGUCACCAACAUCUGUCAGGCCGCGGACAAGCAGCUCUUCACGCUGGUCGAGUGGGCCAAGCGGGUCCCGCACUUCUCUGAGCUGCCCUUGGACGACCAGGUCAUCCUGCUGAGGGCAGGCUGGAAUGAGCUGCUCAUCGCCUCCUUCUCCCACCGGUCCAUCACCGUGAAGGACGGGAUCCUCCUGGCCACCGGGCUGCACGUCCACCGGAACAGCGCCCACAGCGCAGGGGUGGGCGCCAUCUUUGACAGGGUGUUGACGGAGCUCGUGUCCAAGAUGCGGGACAUGCAGAUGGACAAGACGGAGCUCGGCUGCCUGCGCGCCAUCGUCCUCUUCAACCCCGACUCCAAGGGGCUUUCGAACCCGGCAGAGGUGGAGGCGCUGCGAGAGAAGGUGUACGCGUCCCUGGAGGCCUACUGCAAGCACAAGUACCCAGAGCAGCCGGGAAGGUUCGCCAAGCUGCUGCUGCGCCUGCCGGCCCUGCGCUCCAUCGGCCUCAAGUGCCUGGAACAUCUCUUCUUCUUCAAGCUCAUCGGGGACACGCCCAUCGACACCUUCCUCAUGGAGAUGCUGGAAGCCCCCCACCAAAUGACUUAGUCCCGCCAGCCCGUCCUUCGCGCCCGCCGCCCGGCCUGGCCGCUCCCGCCCGGCCGCCUGCUGCUCUUCUCAGCCGAGCCCCGUCCCUGCCCCUUCCCUGCCUGGCCUCUGCGGACAUGGGGACGCAGCCUGCUAAGCCUCCGUGUUGCCACCUCGCCAUUCCCAGCGCUGCUCGUGCGGGAAGCCGGGCCCCGGCUUUCCUGGGGUAGCGGGGCCAGCUCUCCGGGCCGCAGGCCCCCCCUGGGUGCCCCCUGCCAGUGUGCCCCACCCAGGCUCAGGAGCAGGGGGACAAAGACUCCACCUGCCCCCCCAGCAAGGCGAGGGGGGCUCUGGGGUGAGCCAGGUUCCCUCGCCAUGAAGGGUGAGCGGCCCCUUUUCCAAAGAUGACUUGCCGUAUCACCCCUAAGCCGAGCAGGACAGGAGCUGCUCCAGCAGGGUUCCAGGGCCCCCUCAAGGCUUCAGGGCUUGGGGUCACCUGCCUCCCCCCCGACCAUUCUCUUCAAGUCACCGCUUCAGCUUCUCCCCCUGCAUCGCCGUACGCAAGCCGGGGCGAGCAGACCCCAUGUGCAGCCCGGCCUCAGUUCUGUCCGUGGGUUUAAUCUGGGCAGAGGGGCAGGCCAGCUCCCGUCUGCGGGAUGAACCCGCUUCCCGGCCUUCCCCAAGUCCGGGGCCAUGCUGACCUGUCGAGGGCAGAGGUUGGAGGCAGGAGGGUGCUUUGUCCAGGGGGGGUCUUCAGGCAGUUGGAGGGAGCCAGGGGCCCCCCGGGGCACGUGGAGCCAGAAGGCCUCGUGGGCAGAUAAGCCCAGUGGGAAGGGGCAGGCGGGCUUCCUCUGGAGCUGUUGGCGGAGGGGCCCCCGACGCCGGCGGCCUGUUCUGUGCAGAUGAGUCCUGGACUCGGGGACUGUGGCCUGCCUGCGUCCUGGGGCGUGCAGCUGGACGCCCCUCGGGGACAGCCAGCCCAGCUGUUGUCGGAGUGACCGCCUCAGGCGGGGCUCCAGCACGUGCUCCGGCUGACGGCGCCCCCGGCCAGGCUGGUGCCUGCUUCUGUAGUGUUUCCACGGCAGGGGCAGGGGCGCGGCCUCCUGGGGCGGGGUGCUCUGCGCCCCACAGCGUGCAGGGCUCUCUCAGGUUGAACUGGCUUCUUUUGCACUGUAACGCCCUCCCUUUGGUCUGAGUGCUUCCCGGUCUUGCGCUUCAGACUCCAUGAACCCUGCGUCUGUCGCUGCUGGGGGCCCGAGCAGGGACGGCAGGGGGCGGGGGAUGUGGGCAGCUCCGGUGUCCUCAGCCCCCGAGGGGUUGCUCUGUAGCCAGGCUUCCCUCCUGGGGCCCCCAUGAGCAGCCCUGGGUUGGGGGUGCCUUCCCCAGAGUCUGGUUUCCCAGCUAGGGCAAGGCAGGGAGGGGCCUCCAGGCCCCGUGGGGCAGGAGGUGGCCCUGCUUUGCCUUCCAGAGGCCUCAGCCCACCUGACGGUGAGGCGCCAGGCCAGGGCUCUGAAAGUGUGCCCGGAAGCCGCCUUCCUCUGCCACCGGCCGCUCCUGAGGAGGGGAGGGGUCCCCUGCCACAUGGGUGGCAGGGGCGGGGCAUGGAGGGCCUGCCCAGCUCCCAGACGCUCCCGAAAGUCUUGGAAGCCUGUGGGGGCUCGGUUGUGACAGGCAGUGACGCAGGCACUCUUGGGGACUCUCGGGGUCCCCCCAGUUGUGGGGACGGUAGACUGCCCCACGCCCGACGCCCCUGGUGCCUUCUGCAGUCGGACGCACCCCGUCAUCCCUGCCCUGUCCACUGCCAGGGUCCUUGGGCACGUGGGGGCCUCCGUGGAGGAAGCCCAGGGCUGGGUCUCUUGGAGGGUCAGCUUCUGCAGAACCUCCCCGUUACGGGCCCGGGGACCCCGGCUGCUUGUCCGUAAAGCCCUGAGGCUCCCAGGCUCCGGCCUGGAAAGCCGGAAGCCCCCAGCCCCUCCGGCCUGCGGGCCCAGCACUGUGGGUGCGCAGGGCUGUCCUCUCCUCCGUCUGCCGUCCUUGUCACGCUUCCCGCACCGUGGGGGAGGUGGGGAGACGGGUGUGGCUCGGCAGAGAGGUAGGAGCUUUAUUUAACCGGAUAGUCGUGUUAUCAAUCUGGUUCAAUUAAGGUGAUUUUUGUAAUUAUUUUUAUUAUUAUUAUUAUUUUGGUGGGACAAUCUUUAAUUUUCUAAAGACAGCACUAACAUCAGCUUGCUGGCCACCUCUCGCCCGUCUCCGGCCCCCGGCCUGGGAGCUGCCGGGUCCCGGGAGUGCUGUGCGGACUCACAUUCCCGCCGUGACGUCAGGGCAGGGAGCGAAGACGUCUGUGCCUGCGUCCGCAGGGGCCGUCCUUGGAAGCGACCUGCCCUCUGCGCCGGGAAGCACGCGGUCUCUGGGGCGAGGGCCCCGCGCCCCCGGCUCUCCAUGUCUCCUGUUCCUCGAAGAUUUGAGCCGGCGGCAAGCGCGGACGCCGCGUGGAGCCCCCUGGUCUGUGGGGGCCGCCGGCAGGGCCCUGCCUGAUGUGUGGCCAGCGGGCGAUCAGCUGAUGUCGUCCCCAUCAUGGAGUUGGGCGCGUGGCCCGUGCCCUGUCGGCGCGGGGGUGUGGCAUGACCCGUCCUGCUGCAGAGACAGCGCGGGGCAGUCACCAACGUUCUGUCUUCGUUUCUAAUCGAGACUUUCCCCCGUUUUCCUAUACACCUGCUUCACGUAAGCAAGUACGUGAGGACCCCUCCGUUGGUGAAAUCGGGUUUGCGUGAGGAUCUCAAGGCGAGCAGUGCAUCUAUUUUCAGAUGCUUUGGAGCAAAAGCAGCUUUACCGGCCCCCGACCCUUAGCAAGGCCCUCUCUGGGACGCGCCGCGAGCCCUCUGGAGGGUGAUGAGUACAGAGUAGAGAGAAAGUGUCUAAAGCAUCGGGAAAGGUAAAAAAAAAUCUAUUUUUGUACAAAUGUAAUUUUAUCCCUCAUGUAUCCGUGGAUGGUGGGGGGGUGGGACUUGUUUGGUUUCUGCUUCUAGGGCCGGAAGAGAGACGGCUCUCCGGGAAGCGCGCGCAUGGCCGAGGUCGCAGCGCGGGCUUCGUGCAGACGGCACGGACGUUUCCCCUUGGGCAGGAUGGGCCCCGGACGUCCAGGGUUUUCUUCCCCUUCUGAGUGAUUCUCGAAGCCUCGCUCUGUUCUCCCCCGUCGCCAGCUGGCCUUCCCGAGACCGUUUGACUGUGAACUUUCUUCCCUGCGCGAUUGUCCUCCGAGCAGCGGCGCCCCCGGUGCUGCGCGCGGACCCACAGCGGCGUUAGAACGUGGAAAGAAAAACACAGGAAAACGUGAGGAGAAACAAAAUAUGAGCGUUUAAAAAUA